ACCUAAAGAAAGUAAAAAUAAAACGAGUAGGCUUUUAUUUUUCAGUACACACCAAGUCGUUAAAUUAUUUCAAAAUGCAAGAUAAUCUUAUUAUUUAUACACUAAAAUCCUUCAACGAAUUAACCGAAGAGGAUAAGAAAACAUGCAAGGAGAUCUUCGACAGACCUCUAUCACCCAAACAAGAAGAUAAUAAGUACAUCAAGUUAACAAAGGAAAUCCUUCAAAAGUUCUCAAGCGAAACUCGGAUAAAGCCAUGCUUUUUAACAUUCCGUAUGAUAUCUUUGCAUAUCAGCUAUAGUGCUCUAAUUUUUAGUCUGUGUGGUAUAUUCGAAAGUUUCCAUUUGGUCAUUUAUUUCGGAGUUUUUGAAGAUGCAAAGGUGGACGAUAAAGAGACAUUUAUCAGUGAUAUUUUAAACAAUUUAAUUAGAAAUGAGAUACCCAAACUAAAGUGUUUUAGUAUGAAAUUUGUGCUACUUCAAAACAAUUUAAUCAAUCAAAGUGUGGUGAAGAUAUUUUCGGAUACGGAGCACAGAAUCCACAAUGAUUUGUUAUUCAUUGCUGAUUCGAAAUAUUGGCGUUACUCGAUGGUGCUUAAUCCAUAUGCUCAAAAUGCCUGCUUUGAAAUAUUAAAUACCUCGAUUUCUGCAGAAAAUAUAGAAGAAAUCUUCAAGAAAUACAAAGGAAUAGCCAACAUAAAGAAUCUUGACUAUAUGGAACAGUUUGUAAAUGAUUACUAUAAGCUAUCCCGAGUACUAUUGGCUGGCGAAUCCUCCUCCAUCAUUUUACACCUUUGCACCUUGGAACGUUUGGAUAAUUUUGAGAUUAUAAUCCGCAGACACAUGAAGGCAUAUAAGGAGCAGAAGGUUACUCGGAAAUUGAUCUUUCAACUUUUGAGGGCAUUGAUCAUCAUCUAUGACCGCUAAAUCUGCCGAGCCAUCGAUCUAAAAAGUAGAUUUAUUCG